UCGAUUAGUCAAGCGUGGUCUUCUAACCGGAAGUGAGCGAGAGAGAGAGAGACAGCAUGCAAGAUGGUGGCGACCAGGAGAGGAGUACGCGUGUACUCCCCAACUAAAACAAACCCCGACCAGCCCUCUGAGGUUGAGGCCACUCCAUCCACUGGACGAAGAACCAGGAGGGCUGCUAAACAAGAAGAAACCCCUAUCCAGCAGGCCCUGGGGAAGACCAGCAGCCCACCAGCGUCUCCACCAACCUCACUGAGAAGAUGCACCAGAGCCUCCAGACUGCACAGUCCGGAGCAGCCUUGCACUCCUGUGGGCUCCGUCCAUGAAGCAGACACGUCAGAUCUGGAGUCGUGCUGCUCUGCGGUGUCCGACAUCGAGCCACAAGUGACACGCACCAGGGGAAGGAGGAGACAGGCCCCCACAGGAAGUCAGGAAGAUGAGGUAUCUGAGGUGGAAUCGUGCUCUUCUGCAGUAUCUGCUUCAAAAGCCAGCCAAAGUAGCCGCCGGAGUACAAGGAGGAAGGUGGUUCUUGAAAAAUCUGACCCAGCUGAUGUUGAAGCAGGAGAUGUCAAGGUUGACGCUGUGCUCGAAACAGAGUCCUGCAGCUCUGUGGUGUCCGAAUCCCAGAGAGUCACCAGAAGUCAGCGAAAAACUGCUCGCACCAGAUCAUCUGCCAGACGACAAAUUGAGGACUCUGAAGUCUCAGAGGCUGAGAGCUGCACAUCCAGUGUCUCGGGGACUUCUCGGUCCACAACCCGUAGUGCGACGAGAUCCAGAAGGCAAACACAUCCUAUUCCCAUUGACCUAGAUGAGGCCUCAGAAGGCUCUCGCUCUCCUGCCCCAACAGGCCGAAGGAGCAGGGCGGCAAGAGGGAAGACUGCUGUAGAUUUUAGUGAGCCUCGGUCUUGUGACUCUGAAGGGUUUGAGUCCGGGCCCACUUACAGUAUGACCACUCGUAGACGAGGGAAGACCCAAUCCGUGGGUCCCAAAGUUCUGGACUCAGACUCUGAGCUGACAGACAUGCAGUCCCCACUUGGCAGCCCCUGCUCCUCACGUGGCAGAGGGUCUCCAUGCAGCAGCCGCACAGGCUCAGGUAACAGCAGUCGAGGUGCUCCAUCCUCCAGGCGCUCAGUCAAGGAUCUUAGUAUUGUUCUAGAAAAAACCGGGGAGCCGGCUGAAGAGGAUAGUUUAUUAAAUGACUCUAGAUUAGAAAGUACUCUGAUAGCUGAGGAUGCAGAUUGCACACUGUUGGAGGAAGAUAAGAGCCAAAUAUUAGAAGAGAAAGAAGGCGUUAAAAGUACUGAUCUCGCAUCAAAUGAGGCUUCAGCAAAUGUGAAGAGGGGAGUUAAUGUCAUUUCAGAAGAGGAUUCUCAUGUAUAUCCCCCAGUAUCAGAUGGUCCUGGUUGUGCUAAAGAAGCUGAAGUUGUUUGUGAGGCUGCAGUGACGCCCAGAGACCAGCAGGAGGAGCCACGUGCUGAAAAUAAGGAUGGGGAUACCUCAGAAGUGGAAAUGAUGCAGGAAACAGUCCUGUCAUCAGAGCCGUUAAAGCCAUCAGUUACAGUAACAAUAUGUGAGAAGGCUUCUGAAGAUACAGAGGAGACUAAAGAGGAGGAGGAAGCCAUGGAAGUGGCUGAUGUAGACACCCAUCCAUCACAGGGAGUUGAGCAUAUAGGCGGGGAUACUGUUGUGGAAACACAGUCCAGUGAGGAGGAGAAAAUGGAAGUCAGUACAAUGAACAGAGAUGCUCAGCAGGUGGUUGACUCCAGUGAGGUCCAAGUUGAGGCCAUUCAGGUGACAUCUAAGCAGGAGCACAAGAUCACAGUGGAUUCUGACUCUGAACAGCAACCUAAAGACGUCACUGUGCAGAAAACAAAAAUAGUCAGCCUGCUGGUGAGCAGUGAGGAUGAGGAUGAAGAUGACUAUGCAGAAGAAGAGGAGGAGAGGGAAGUUUCUGGAGAGGAAGAGGAUGAAGAGGAGGAUUUGGCAGAGGAGAGAGGAAGACCCUCCAAAAAGUCUGAAGCAGCAGAUGAAUCAGUUGAGGGACUGUUUAUGAUUGACACGCGGCCAGGACAAGCGGCUGAUGAGGAUUACUACAAGGAGGGGCUGAGAGAGGAGGCGGCGGUGGCGGCAGGCAGAAGGAAAGAGGGAGCUGAGCAGGAGGAGCAAGAUGAGGAGUUUGUGGAUGAGGAGGAGGAGGAUGAUGAUGAUGAAGAUGCAGACAUUCUCUUCUCAAGUAGAGAUCCUCACUCGAAAGAGUUGUCCAGCCGUAUUGACCCCGGCAUCAGAAUGAAGGAGCUCGGGGGUUUAUACAUCAAUUUUGAUGGCAGCAAAUCAAAACCUGUCUCCAGUUCGCUGCAAAAACUAAAGGAAAAGAAGAUCCAAGAUGAGGUGAUGAAGAAGAGCAUGAUUGGUCCAGACUUUGAAAAAAAGGAUGCAGUGCCUCCUUACAGUGAAUCCAAACAAGCCUUGAAACUUAAACGCAGAGCGGAGCGUGAGAAAACAACAGGGGACGGUUGGUUUAAUAUGAAAGCCCCUGAGAUCACCGGGGAGCUGAAAGGAGACCUCCAAGUCCUGAAGAUGAGAGGCUCCUUGGAUCCCAAGAGAUUCUACAAGAAGAAUGACAGAGAUGGUUUUCCCAAGUAUUUUCAGGUUGGUACAGUGGUGGACAGCGCAGUCGACUUCUAUCAUUCCCGUGUUCCCAAGAAGGAGAGGAAGAGAACCAUGGUGGAGGAGUUGCUGGCUGAUGCUGAGUUCAGGCAUAAGAACAAAAAGAAGUAUCAGCACAUUGUGACGGAGAAAGCAGCACUCGGAGCUGGCAAGAGGAAGAAGAAGAAGAAAUUCCAUAAGAAGUAAAUCUGAAGACUUUGAGAGGCUUUUCAUAGAUAUUAUCGACUCAGUUCUUCAGCAGGUGACUGGAGCAUAAAUCAUUUUUCACUUCAUGGUGCCUCAUGAAGCUUUACUGAAUCCUGCUCAUUCAAGACUAUUCAUCUCUAAUGAUGGAUUGAAAAACUGUAUAAAACAGAUCAGAAAAGACCAGUAAAACUGAUUCAGUAAGCAUGUUAUUAAAGAUAUACAUUACUUUGUACAGUUA